AGCAGUUGGUCAACUGGACGGAUUGGCCAACAGGAACACGCCCUGGGCUGAGCUGUGCGCAUGCGCAGAGGAAGCAGCAGCGUGUAGAAAGUUUGUAGUUUCGAGAGUUCGGAAUCUGGAGAUGAGUUACAGGAAAGGAAGAAGAUCUGCUGCUGAUUUAAAGACAAAGAUCUGCUGAGGAGUUAAAGGAGGAGGAGAUCUGCAGCUCCUGCAGGAGGACAGGCUCCAACACCGACCAGCUCCCGGGACAAACAGCGGCUCCUCUUUGCUCUCCCAGCCGGACUCAGCCGCUCCUCCCCCGGCAUGAAGAUCCAGUUCGCCCCGCUGAACGUUCCCCUGCAGAGGAGGCUGCAGACCGCCGCCGUCCUGCAGUGGGUCUUCUCCUUCCUGGCUCUGGCUCAGUGCUGUCUGGCUGCCUUCGUCCUCCUGGCUCUCUCUGAUUGGUGGAUGGGGGCCCUGCUGUACGCCGGUUGGCUGUGGCUGGACUGGGACACGCCCACCACAGGAGGCCGGCGGUCCCGGUGGGUGAGGAACUGGACCGUGUGGGAGUACUUCCGGGACUACUUCCCGCUGACGCUGGUGAAAACUGUCGAUCUGGACCCGACCAAGAACUACAUCUUUGGCUUCCACCCCCACGGGGUUCUGGUGGCCGGCGGGUUCGGGAACUUCUGCACCGAGGCCACAGGGUUCUCCCGUCUGUUUCCGGGUCUCAGGUCUCACCUGCUGAUGCUGCCCUUCUGGUUCCGAGUGCCGUUCUUCAGGGACUACAUCAUGUGUGGAGGGCUGGUGUCCAGCUGUAAGUCCAGUCUGUCCCACCUGGUCAGCCGUCCUGAAGGAGGUAACGUGGCUGUCAUUGCAGUGGGCGGAGCCCCUGAAGCUCUGGAUGCUCGGCCUGGAGCUCUGACUCUGCAGGUGAAGAACAGGAAGGGCUUCAUCAAGCUGGCCCUGAAACACGGAGCUCAGCUGGUUCCGGUCUUUUCUUUUGGAGAAAACGAGCUUUUUGAUCAGAUGGAGAACCCGGCUGGAUCUCCCCUGAGGAAGCUACAGAACCGGCUGCAGAGCAUCAUGGGAGUAGCGAUGCCUGUGUUUCACGCCAGAGGGGUUUUCCAGUACAGCUUCGGUCUGAUUCCCUACAGGAAGCCUAUUCACACUGUCGUUGGGAAGCCAAUCCCAGUCCGCCAGACUUCGUGUCCCAGUUCAGAGGACAUUGAUGGUCUCCACAAGGUCUACCUGCAAAGCCUCAUGGAGCUGUUUGAGGAGAACAAACGCACCUACGGUCUGGAAGAAGAUCAGCACCUCACCUUCAUAUGAACCAUGUAU